AUGCUCGCACUGCCGGUGCUACUGUCAUGGAAGCCUCUCCGCUUGAGUGUUUUUGUGACUCAGACGCAGGGCAUCAUGUCGCUUGUGGAUUCCGAAGCUGCCUUCACCCAGCGAUGCCAGGAGGUGAAUGCGGGAACCAUUCACACGGCUUUGCGUGACAAUGGUGUCACGACCUUUGCUAGUCUGGCUUAUGCAUGCGGCACCCCUCAGGAUCGCCCUACGCAGGCCGAGCUGGAUGCUUUCAGCACUAGGAUUCUUGGAGCUGCGCCUCGCUUGGGUGACGUCUCGCUCUUGAAGCGACUCAUCUUCGAAUCAUGCACCUUUGUGAUCGCACAGUUGCGCCAGAAUGUUCAAGGCGAUGCUUCUGAGACCCCUAAGAAACUCCCCCUCGCUGAAAAAGCGGCCAGAGCAGCCGAUCAGAAACGCCGCUUGGCCGGGGUCCACAUAGAGAGGGACUCCGUUCCAUCUUAUGCCUUGGUGGAUUUGUGCUUCCAUAUGCUCGAGGUCGGGGUGACAUGGAUCAGCCCAGGCCGCUGCACGAGUCGCGAAAGCGAGAUCCAACUCUCGACCCGCGAUCAAACCAAGGUGUUUAAGCUGGAGGAUAACAGCUUGAAAGUCGGAAACGAGGGCCCAGAUGAUGUGGCCUGCUUCGACUCUCCCAUACGGCUACAAUGGUGUCUUCAAAGGAGAGGCCUUGCACUUGAUCAAGCUAGACUUAUGUCUUGGCAACAACAUGAGCGGUGGGUGCAUUGCCUCCUCCACGCGCUUACGCGUGAGUGCCCUUCGGGGUUCCACAAGCCGGAUAUGAACCGCAUUGUGCAAGCCGACCGGGAGGCAUGGCUCAUUCUUGCAUCGGAGGUGCCGAGUCUCAAGGUCACGGCCGCUGGCGAGUUUCCGCUUGGUGUUGCACUCGAGGCCCUCCGCACUGACCCACGAAUCACCAUGUAUCUUAUGCCUACUUGGGGCCGGCAGCCUGACGUCAAGAUGCCUUUGGAUGUCCCGUCCCCACCAAAGGACGGCGAGGGUAUGUCUCGCUCGGCAAAACGUCGGAGGCGCUUGAAGGCGGCGGCGGCACGGAAUGCCACGCCGCCUGGAAAGUCGACUUCGACCCCAAAAGGGGCACGUGCCAUGCCUGCCGAGUUGAAGGGCACGCACCAGAAAACCGAAGAUGGCAAGCUCAUUUGUUGGGAUCACAACUGCGGCGGCUGCAAGCUCAAGGCUGACGGUGAUCCCCCAGCGUGCCAGCAUGGUGUUCAUGUUGAGGCUGGACGGAUCACUGGCCAGAAUGACGACGGGCUGGGAUACACUUUUUCUCCGGUGCCGGUGACAGCACAGGACCUUUCUUCUGCUGAAUCGCUGGCCGCCCAGUGCCUGAAUCUUGGCUUUGCAAGUUUUGCACAGCUUCGCGAGCUCAGUGCUCGCCUGCCGGCGGACUCUGUGGGGGCGCCGCUUCAUUCAGAUCGCAACAAUGAUCAUCGGCACGCCAACCUGUUGCUGCCAGCCUCGCAUUUUUCAGAUGGUCAGGUUUGGGUGGAAGGUCGCGGGCAGCAUCCGUGUCCUGACCUCUCCGCCAAACGCCUUGGUUACCUGCUUGAUGUGGCUUCUGGCCCGCAACGGCUGCCCUCAGAGCGUCUUCACAUUACAUGCCCCUGGACAGGGGACCGCCUGCUCGUGGUGGGUUUCUGCGUUCGUGAUACACAACGACUCUGUGAACGGGACUGCCACUGGCUGCGGGACUCUGGUUUUCCACUGCCCGGCCCUCCCCAAGAUCAUGCGGCCGCUCCUCGCCAGGUCACUUCAACGACUUCUUCGCCCUCUUUGUCUACCUCUACGACGCCGCCGCCACAGGCCUCAGCUUCCAUCGCCAAGCGCCGCCGCGUUGCAUAUCGGCCUGCCUUGCCAGUGCAUUCUACAGCAACGUCGUCUAAAUCUAUGACGCCAACUACACCGGACGACCAACAUGCUGAUGCAUUGGCUGAGAAGAUCUUCCCGAACAACCUGGCUCCACUUGUUAUCGAAAUCUUUGCUGGCACCGCCCGCCUCAGCACUGUUGCUGGGCGCAUGGGCUUUCGUACUUUGGCGGUGGACCGCUCCUCGCAGAGAACCAAUUUCUCUAUACAACGACUGGACCUUACGUUGGAUGCCGACUUGCAGACGCUGCUUGACAUCAUCAAUCUGGAGGCUGACAACAUUGCUUGGAUCCAUUUGGCACCUCCUUGUGGUACGGCCUCGGCGGCACGAUCCAGGCCUUUACAUAAGGCUGAGCACUACGGCUGCCCUGUGCCUCAACCACUACGCAGUGUCACGGAGCCGCAGGGCCUCUCCACACUGACCGGUGCCGACCGCGAUCGUGUACUCGCUGCCAACAAGUUGUACCGAGCUGUCGGCUGCAUCGUUGACCUCGCCCUGCAGCUUGGUCUUUUCGCGACCGUUGAGAACCCUCUCAACAGCUUGGCUUGGCUAUGUGACGGCCUCGACCACCUUUGUCGCCGUGAAGAUAGCUACCAACUCAUCUUUGAUGCUUGCAUGCAUGGCGGGGAUCGCGACAAAACUACCUUAUUCUGGUGCUCCGACCCACGCUUUCAGUCGCUGGCACUGCGUUGUUCCCGUGACCACAAACACGCAUCCUGGAAGCCUCGCUUUGUGGAUGGGCAUUGGCAAUUCCCCACUGCUGCGGAGGCGGCAUACCCUUGGCUUCUUUGCGAACGGAUGCUUUACAUUCUGGCUGAGAGUUUUCCUGCAUUGGCUUCAACUUCACAGCAGCCGCGAGCCUGUGAGCAAGUCGCACUGCAGCGACAGCCAAAAUAUGCUCGACCUCUGGUUUCAUGCUACCAAUCACACGACUGCUGGGCUGUACCUGUACGCUCCGCGGAUGCUGCGGCACCUCUUUUGAAGUGCUACCCCAAAGGUGCUCGUGUGACGCAACGCAAACUGGUGCCGUGGGGAGCAGUCCGGGUUUGCGCUGCCUCGAAAUAUCCUGGUUUCGACAGACAUAGUUCUGCCGAGUUGCUGGGAGGGACGGCCAAGAUCUAUCAACCUGACACUUCCGAUUUCUCUUUGCUUGCAAGCGAGGAUAAAAACGACGUGUACGAGGUGGUGGGAAUGGUGUGCGAUGACAAUCCUUGUGCGACCCAGGCAGAAAUUCUUACUAUUGGAAUUCCACAUGAACCGGAGGACUUUGUGAAGGCUGCGGUCCAAGCGGGGCACCCUCGCAAUGCAAUACUGGUCAAUCGCCAAGGUCCGGCAAAGGAAAUCGCUGCCAACGUAGUUAUGCCAGCAGAGGAGCGCAAGAAAAGGGCCGAUGAGGCUCGGGAUGCGUGGAAGAAAAUUUCCAAGGAGUCGGCUGAGACCAACGACGCGCUUAUGAAACAAAAGCCCGCGUACUUGGCGAAGGCGCUGGCUGGCAAGAACGUCAUUGCUUGGCAGCGCAUUCUUGAGCGAAAUGGUUUCCCUGACCAGAUGCUUUGGGCUGACUUGCGUGAUGGCUUCCGCUUGACAGGAUGGAUGAGAGAGACCGGAAUCUUCAAACCUAGAGUCAAAGCACCGGAAUCCUCUCUUGAAAGUCUGCUAGCACAAUCGUCUUACCGAUCUCCCAUGACUAUGAGCCGGAUAACAAACACGAAGCCGGACGAGACGUCUAGGAAGGCGUGGGCUGAAACCCAAGAGGAGGAGCGCAAGGGCUGGAUCUUCGAGGACACCGCCCCUGACUUCAGCAACAUCAUUCUGGCGCACCGCUUCGGGCUUGAGCAGAAAAACAAAGUACGGGUGAUUGACAACGGCAAGGAUUGCGGCUUGAACAUGGCUUGCGGGCUGCCAGAGAAGUUCACCCUGCACGGGGUCGACGUUCUGGCGGCUGUCUUCCUUGAGUUGUUGAAUAUGCCACGUGACCGCUUGUUCAAAUUGGUUGGGAAAACAAUAGAUCUCGUCUCCGCUUACAAGUUCUACCCCGUACAUCCUCUUGACAGACAACACUUGAGGAUUGGUGUGUUCGACACGGACAGCAAGAGGGCGCGGAUCUAUGGGACUAAUGUCCUACCUUUCGGUGCCACCGGAAGUGUGGCUGGCUUCCUUAGGGUGUCAGCCGCCGUCUGGCACACUGGCGUCCGAGACAUGGGCUUGGGCUGGUGCGCAUACUUCGAUGACUUUCCAUUGCUAUCUUGUGAUGGAAUGGAGGAACAGAUCGAAGAAUUCGCCGACGAAGUGUUCGAGGCUCUUGGGAUUCAGUAUGCCAAAGAGGGCAAGAAAGCAACAAAGUUUGAUGCGGUUUUUAAUGCGCUUGGCUUGGCCUUCGACCUGUCGGGAUUCGAGAGCGGGGUCAUCUCCAUCACACAUACCAGCGAUCGAAAGAAGGAGUUGAACGACGUUCUCGCGAACAUCUUGCAGACGGGAAGACUUAGCCCCAAGGAGGCUGAAGUCCUCCGCGGGCGCAUGCAUUGGUAUUCUUCUUACUUGUUCGGACGGGCACCGUGCGAAGCUAUGCACAAAAAUUCCUUGAGAGCCAGGGGAAUCGAUGGUUCAUCGGAACUGAGCGCUGAUCUGGAAUGGGCGGUGAGGACACUGCUCCAACACGUCAGUACCUCGAGACCCUUGGAGUUGAGGCAGACUUCCGGGAGAGAGCUCUUCAUUUUUACUGAUGGAUCUUAUGAACCUGGCGCUGGGGUUGUGGCCGGCAUCGGAGGAAUCAUUUACGAUGCCUCUGGCGUCCCGUUGGCUUUCUUCAGCUCGGAGAUCCCCAAGUCUGAUUUGGAAGUGCUGGAGGCUGAAUCCGAGCAUCCAAUCUAUGAAGUCGAACUCUACGCGGUCCUUGUGGCGUUCAUGCUAUGGGCGGAAGUGUUGAGAGAUACCUUCAGCACCUUCUACUUAGACAACGAAGCUGCGCAAUCCGCUUUGAUUGCUGGCCGCUCUGGGACUCGAAACGGACGACGGCUCUUACAGCAGGUCUUAUCGCUGGAACAUGACAAUAUGGCUAGGCCGUGGUUUGGGCGUGUGCCUACCCACUCGAACCCGGCAGACCCGCCUAGCCGACAGAUCGUGGACCACCUGAUCAGACAAGGCGCAAGGCAGGACGAUGUCGACUUGGGCUGUCUGCUGCUUGAAAGGCCUCCGGAUACGGGCUGA